AUGUUUGCUGCUAGGGCUCGACGCCCAUGCUGCUGCGUAGCCUGGUCCACCAUCAAACUGCAACAGCUGGUGCUGCACCAACCGGUGCAGCACCAGUUGCAGCAGCAGCGGUCUUUGCUCAGCCUGAGCAGCACCAUAGGGGCCCCAACAGAAAGGACAGUGCACACGCUGCUCAGCCUCAACGGCACCAUAGGGGCCCCAACAGAGAGGAGAGUGCACACGCAACUGCAACAGCAGCAGCAGGAUCAACAGCAGCAACAGGUGCAGCGGAGCUGCCAUGGGCUGACCCACCCCGCUGGUACUGAUUCUGUUGCUGCUGUGCUCAGCCGGUUUGUUGCUGCCUGCCGUAGCUUCGAGAGACACCAGCAACAGCAACGGGAGAAGAAGAACCGGCAGCAGCUGCAGCAGCAGCAGCAACAAGGCAUAGAAGCAGGCACUGCGGCGUACCUCAGCGCAGCAAGAGCAGCAGUUGCUGCAGCACCUGUUGCGUGUAUUCAGGCGGCGCUACAGGCACUGCAGCAGCAAUCGCUGCCCCUCUCUUUGUUGCUGCCGCUUGUCGAGGCAUUUUAUGCUGCUGCUGACGAACGGAUCCAGCAUCAACUGCAACAGCAACAGCAUCUGGUGCUGCUUGGCCAGCAACAGCAGCGGCAGGCCGCAGAGGACCUAUUGCAACUGGCGUUGCUGCUACAGCCGCGCGCAUUUGUUUUAGGUGGGAAGCGGCAACAGCAGCAGAUAGAAGAGUUGCUUCUGCUGCUGCCGCUGCAAGCACGACAGCAGCAAGAAAGGGCCCGUAAGGCUGCCCGGCUGCUGCUGUCGCCUCUGCUUCUCCACGAGCAGCAGCAGCUGCUGCGGGAGUCGCUGCUCGCAAGGGCAUUGCUGCAGGCCACAGAUCAGGGACUGCAGCAGCUGCUGCAGCAUGCAGCAGCAACCUACCUCGGGGAGUACAUCAAGAGCAGCAGCAGCGGCAGCAAGAGGAGAAACUGCAACGCCCGUGUGGCGCUUGCAGCGGCGUUACUACGUUCAUGUGCUACUACCGCGCCUUCUGAAAAGGUAUUCGAUGCCACAGUAGACUUCCUUCUCCAUGCAGCAGCAGAAGCUGCUGCUGCUGAGUCCUCUCCAGGCAGCGGCUACUCGUUGCAGCAGCGACAGCAGCAACUUGCUGUGUGGUGUGACGUCUCUGCUGCCUUGUGCUUGAAGCAGCAGCAGCAGCGUUUCUUGCAAUGCCUGCUCCCAGGUGUACAGUCAGCUCUAUGUGCUUCUCUCUCAAAACUGCAGCAGCAGCAGGAGCAGCAGCAGACAGGACUGGAGGCGGUAAGCUCCGCCGCACACCAUUUGGAGCCAGCAGCAGCGGCGCUUGUGUUGCUACGUGCACGGGCUGCGUUUGCAACGAAUGCAGCAGCAGCAGGUGACAGAACAAGAGCCGGAUGCGACUCAGCAGCAGCAGCAGCAGAUGCCGAGGCUCCCGAUCCGCAGGCUGUGCUCUUCUCGCGGGCCCUAUGGAGCUUGACUGAACACCAGCAGCAGCCGCAGCAGCAAAAGCAACAGAAAGACAAUACAGACUUAAGUACCGCAGUAUCCACACUCCAAGAAACGUUCUUGCGACUGUGGAGACAGCUACAACAGCAGCCGCAACAGAAUGCGAUGCUUUACAGGCCCUUGGUGCCUCGUCCUCCUCCAUUAUCUCCCUUCAGUUCCGACGCCGGCGCAGCAAAAGACGCAGCAACAGCAGCAGUGGUAGCAGGGGCAGCAGCAGCAAGAGCAGCGGGAACAGCACCAGGGACCAACACGCCAACUGGAUCCCCUCAGAAGACACCCGACUCAGAGGUAGCGCUGCUGGGGCUGCUGCAGCAGCUGCUGCUGCUGGCCGACGUUCCGCAGCAGCAGCAGAAAGGCGAAUUCUUGCAUUGCGUCUCUCGGGAGGUGCUGCCCGCAUGCGACCUCCAGCAACUUCUGCUGCUGCUGCAGUGCGCGGUGCAGCUACUGGAGUACCCUAACUUGCAGCAACAGCAACAGCAGCAAAAAUACCAGCGAGAGCAGCAGCAGGCGCUUUACGUGGCGACGUUUGUUGAUGAUCUGUUGCUGGCUAUUGAAGGGAGUGUGAAGCAGCAGCAGCACCUUUACUACAGCGACAACGGCAACAGCAGCAGCGGCAGCUCCAGCAGACUACAGAUGCUCGUGCUUCUAGCAGACGCUCUCUUUUCCCCGUCUCUCAAAUGGCAUUUGCGGCCUCCUGCUGCUGCUGCUGUAGCCUCAGCUCUUGUUGAGCAGCUGUUGCUGGAGAUUCAGCUACUGCAGCGCCAGCAGCAACAGCAGCAGCUGGGCAUAGAACAGUUGGCCCUGCAGCAGCAAUUCAGCUACUGCAGCGCCAGCAGCAACAGCAGCAGCUGGGCAUAG